CCGCCGCCGCCGCCGGCGCCACUGCCCACUUGGGGCUGGCCAGAGGCAGGCAGCCGGGGUGCAGAGUUGGGUAGGGCUGGGCGAGCGCACGGCCAUGGCCCCGUGGCUGCAGCUCUGCUCGGUCUUCUUCACGGUCAACGCCUGCCUCAACGGCUCGCAGCUGGCCGUAGCGGCAGGCGGCUCCAGCAGAGCGCGGGGCGCCGACACCUGCGGCUGGAGGGGAGUGGGGCCGGCCAGCAGAAACAGCGGGCUGCACAACAUCACCUUCCGAUAUGACAAUUGCACCACUUACUUGAAUCCGGUGGGGAAACACGUAAUUGCUGAUGCCCAGAACAUCACCAUCAGUCAGUAUGCUUGCCACGACCAAGUGGCAGUCACCAUUCUUUGGUCCCCGGGGGCUCUCGGCAUCGAAUUCCUAAAAGGAUUUCGAGUAAUACUGGAGGAGCUGAAGUCGGAGGGAAGACGGUGCCAACAACUGAUUCUAAAGGACCCAAAGCAGCUCAACAGUAGCUUCAAAAGAACCGGAAUGGAAUCUCAACCUUUCCUGAAUAUGAAAUUUGAAACGGAUUACUUUGUGAAGAUCGUCCCUUUUCCUUCCAUUAAAAAUGAAAGCAAUUACCACCCUUUCUUCUUUAGAACCCGUGCCUGCGACCUGUUGCUGCAGCCGGACAACCUGGCCUGUAAGCCGUUCUGGAAGCCUCGGAACCUGAACAUCACUCAGCACGGUUUGGACAUGCAGGUGUCCUUUGAUCCCGCACCACACCUUGGCUUCCGUUUCUUCUAUCUUCACUAUAAGCUCAAGCAUGAAGUGCCUUUCAGGAGAAAGACCUGUAAACAGGAGCAAAAUACAGAGACAACCAGCUGCCUCCUUCAAAACGUUUCUCCUGGGGAUUAUAUAAUUGAGCUGGUGGAUGACACUAAUACAACAAGGAAAGUGAUGCAUUAUGCCUUAAAGCCAGCACAUUCCCCAUGGGCUGGGCCCAUCAGGGCUGUUGCCAUCACUGUGCCGCUGGUUGUCAUCUCGGCAUUUGCGACCCUCUUCACUGUGAUGUGCCGCAAGAAACAACAAGAAAAUAUAUAUUCACAUUUAGAUGAAGAGAGUUGUGAGUCGUCCUCGUACACCACGGUGCUCCCCAGGGAGAGGCUCCAGCCACGGCCCAAGGUCUUCCUCUGCUAUUCCAGCAAAGAUGGCCAGAACCACAUGAACGUUGUCCGGUGUUUUGCCUACUUCCUUCAGGACUUCUGUGGCUGUGAGGUGGCUCUGGACCUGUGGGAGGACUUCAGCCUCUGCCGAGAAGGGCAGAGAGAAUGGGUCAUCCAGAAGAUCCACGAGUCCCAGUUCAUCAUCGUGGUGUGUUCCAAAGGCAUGAAGUACUUCGUGGACAAGAAGAACUACAAGCACAAAGGCAGCGGCCGCGGCUCGGGAAAAGGGGAGCUCUUCCUGGUGGCGGUGGCGGCCAUCGCGGAGAAGCUCCGUCAGGCCAAGCAGAGCUCCUCUGCCCAGCUCAGCAAGUUCAUCGCCGUGUACUUCGAUUAUUCCUGCGAGGGCGAUGUUCCUGGCGUCCUGGACCUGAGCACCAAGUACAAGCUCAUGGACAACCUUCCCCAGCUCUGUUCCCACCUGCACUCCAGAGACCAUGGCUUCCUGGAGCCUGGGCAGUACCUGGGACAGGUGAGCAGAAGGAACUACUUUCGCAGCAAGUCAGGCCGGUCCCUUUACGUCGCCAUUUGCAACAUGCACCAGUUUAUCGACGAGGAGCCUGACUGGUUUGAGAAGCAGUUCGUCCCCCUCCGGCCUCCCCCACUCCACUCCCGAGAGCCAGUGCUGGAGAAGUUUGACUCGGGCUUGGUGUUAAAUGAGGUCAUGUGCAAACCAGAGCCCGAUGGCGAUUUCUGCCUCAAGGUGGAGGCUGCGGUCCCCGGGGCACUGGCCAACUCGCCCUCGGAGGGCCUGCAGAUGGGCCUGGACCAAGAUGCAGAGGCUGGGCCCGGGCCAGGGGGCGGCUCGGUCCUGCGGCCCCUGCUGCACGCCGGGAAAGCCUCCAGCCCCUCGGACAUGCCUCGGGACUCGGGCAUCUACGACUCGUCAGUGCCCUCCUCAGAGCUGUCCCUGCCCCUAAUGGAAGGACUCUCGGCAGAUCAGACAGAAACAUCUUCGCUGACAGAGAGUGUGUCCUCCUCCUCCGGCCUGGGUGAGGAGGACCCUCCUACCUUCCCUUCCAAGCUCCUCGCCUCCGGGGCGUGCAAAGCAGACCCUGGUUGCUGUGGCUACACUGGUGAACUCCACGCGGUCGCCCCUUUGUAACGAAACGGAAGUAGAGUCUAAGCAUUGCCACUUUAGCUGCCGCCUCUCUCUGGUCCCCCAGCUCUUCUCUCUGGUUGCGCAGUCCACUUGGAGCUGAGGUCUCCGACAAGGAUAUUUGGAGUGAAAUUCGGGCCAGUACUUGCUUUCCGUGCCCCAUCCCUCUACCUGGUAUCUUGGCCAAGUCUCCAAUUUUCUCAAACCACAUGGGUAUCUCUGAAAGGCAUAUCCAUAAGGCCCGAGAGCAGCUUGUCCCGUUAGGUCAGACCUUGGAUUAGAGUCGGUUCUGGGAGGUAGGGAGGAAACAGGCACGGAGAUGCAGGAACAUACCUGCGCUGAUCACUCAGAUUUUGUUUCUCUCUGCAAACUUUGCCUGUUUGCCGUUGGCUACUUUGAACUGAAAUGCUGUGUGGGAGAAGCACUCUUAGUACCAUUCUAGCCACAGAAAUCAAGUGCCAGUCUUUCUGGGAUCCAUGUUGUUACAGAUGAUGGUUUUAGUGUAGAAUUUGCAGUGUUGUGGGUGUCCAAAAGAGCUCUGAGUCAAAGGUCAAAAAGGUAACUGAGUCUACUAUCCCCUUUCCUAAAAUGAGUCUUUAUGUAUUAGUGGGGGCAUGGCUGGCUGAGGUGGGGGCUGUGAGGUCAGGCUGAACAUGGCGACAGUAUUUCCUGACCUGGGUUGGUCAUUGUGCAGAAAGCAUCAAAACUCAGGGCACAGGAACACCUGUUGGUGUGAGGAGGCAUCAUGGGGGGGCCAGAUCUGCCUGCCAGGUUUCCCUGGGUUCUGUUCGCUGUGCAGUAUCUCAGACGUUGCUGCCUGGAAGUUUAUUUUUAAAAGACAAAUACCCAACUGGGCUGUCUUACUAGAAGCUGGAGUUCAUGCUUCAGGGGACUUCUGUUCUAAAGCUGUGUCUGGAAUAUUAGGGAUCAGGAUCGACUGAAAUAUGGCUGUGCAUACAGAUGGCGGCCACUUACCUUGCCUAGCCGGUUUUGACUAAUGAGAAGUCUCAUUUUAAGGGGGUGAGAAGAAGGGAAUGGUCACGAAGAUGAGUGUGCUCUUCUAAUAGCAUCUGAAGAAGACAGGAGACCUUUAAUCAUUGAAUUCUUGAAUCUUAAAGUACUCCCCACCUCCCCACUCCCCUCACCAACCCAGCCUGUGAAUCAUGUUUCACUGCGUGUUUCUGUUCUACGUUCCAGACAAGAGAUUUGUCUCUUGUGCUCUCUUCUACCAAAAGAGCUAUUUAGAGCUUAGGGGGAAAGAAUUUGCUUUAAAAAGGAAAAGUAAAUGUUCUGUUUCUAUGAAUGAUGUUUCUCCAGAAUUUCUGUUUCCAAAAGAGAAAACAGGUGUUCAAAUCCUGUUUGUGUAUUAGGUAUGUGGGUCACGAUGACGUGGUCUUCCCUGUGGAAACCCCUGUCCCCUUGAGGGCUUUAAGCAUAUUCUCCACCUUUUCCGUGGGUGCUGUUGGAUUUGAGCACCCUGCUUUUACUCAGCACUCAAACGGGAUCCUGGGUUUCACUCCUUUAGCAGACAGGAUCAAUAUUACGGGAGAUACUGAGGAACAGCUCAAGGAGGGGUAGGAGGUGGAACGGGGCAUGACUUUUCCAUCCAAGCACAUGCUUGGCAGAUGGGGAAGGGAAGGUUUGCAGCCUUGCUGGAAAGAAGAGGUUUGUGUGUAUUUUUGAUGCAAAUGCCACACUGCAUGUUCUGGAAAGGCAGCUGACGGCUUCUUGGGAGAAGAACGUGCUUGUCUGUCUCCAGCAUCAGGUUUCCUGCAGCUGCUCUGAAGGGGAGACAAGGGAGCUGCAGAACUGUCUCCCCCAUAAAACCAGGCAUCUUGUUGGAGAAGAGAUGUUCCAUGUCACUGUGGAAUCUGGGACAUGUGCAGAUGCCCACACGUGACUGUCCUGCCAUUCUGCCAUUGGGAAUAAGUUCUGCAAGGGAACUUGCGAACAUGAAAAUUCACUUUGGAACAUUAUCAGAGAGACUGAGGCCAAGAAAUGGUGCAUGCUCCAAAGGAGCCAUGAGGAGCUACUUUUGGGAUAUUCAGCUUUGCACAUAAAAUGAGGCAUCUCUGAGAAAGCGAUCCCCAGAGCAGCACGGAGUACUGGGGGUGGGGGGAACAUCAAUGGAGCUCCAUGAGCAUGGGCAGAGAGAUGGCUAAAUGAACUUACUUCUUUUGAAGAUGCAAGAGGAAAAACUGUGCUAGACCAAAAAUCAGGUAAAGUUUUAGUUUGGACUUAGGGUUUGGAUACCUAUUUUUAAGAACAAAUGUUUCUUAUGUUUCAACACAAUUAAAUUCUAACAUACCGAGUAGCAAAACCAUAGUAUGAAUGCCUAAAUCAGACUAAGUUGAGAUGUCCCAACUUUGUGGUUUUGCCUUAUUAGUUUCUCCUCCUCCUCUUCUUCUUCUUCUUCUUCUGUACCCUUUCCAUCUCUUGCUGGGAAUGAGAACAGUUGCUUUGCAGAUUAAGGCAAAACAUCUGUUUUAAGCAGGGCUGCAUUCUUUGACAUUGUUCCGGAUAAUGGAAAUGGUAAGAUAGAAUUCAGAUAAAAGUUCUGCUGAACCACAGGCUUUCAGAAAUUGGGGCUAUAAGACUUAGACUAUAGGGAUGGUCUCCAUGAGAAGCCAUGAUCUGGAGACUAAGAGGCUUGUGUGGCUAAGUUAGCUGGUGUCCUCUGGGCAGGAGAGCAGGGGUAGGUGCAAGGAACCAGGUAAGCAAGUCUUGAAGGUAGUUGAAGGUAGGGAGCUAGUUGUUGAUCUUAACUCACCAGUGCCCUGCAGAAAGGACUUCGCAUCGGAUAUAGUCAGCUUUGCAGAGUGGGAGGGAUUAGGGAGCUGGAAACCCAGGUAAAGGUGAGCUUUUCUCGCAGAGGUUGGCUCCAAGCAACAAGAACCACCUAGACAGACCCAGGCCAGACACACAGGAGGGGCAGUGUCCUCCAGAUGGCCAAAUCCUGGGCCUUUGAGGCACACUGGUCUCCAGAAAGAAUCAGAAGUCACUCAGGUCCAGGCCUAGGUGUUCAUGUUGGGUGACCAGCCAGGUAAUAGCAUUUUGAGCCAAAAAUGAGAUGGGACCUUAAAGUCAUGAGACAGGUUUUGGUUGACACAUUAGUAAAAACUGAAGACAGUCCCAGAGCACUGUUCGAAAAGUGUCUUUAACAGCCAUGACAUUGGAAUCCAUGUGUAGUAAUUUAAGUUCAUGUAUGUUGACACAUCAGAGUUCAGUCUUGCUACUUCAUAGCUGCAAAUGUCUUCUUUUUUUUUUUUUUUUAAACCAACACCUCAUCUCAGAUUCCCUGACUUAAGCACAAAUAAACAGGAAGACAGUCCCUCCAAAAAUGUGGAGUUAGAUGAUUUUCAGAACUUUUCCUUUUUUCAGAAUUGAGCAUCCUUUAAAAGAAAUGAAAGCUAUUUUAUUCCUGGAGAAGAAAUGAUAUACACUUCUCUUAAAAGAAAACCCCACGAUCCCCAAUAGCCUCAGCACUAAGUUGACUCUUUCAGGGGAGAAUUAUUCUUUGUGUCCUUAUUGGAGAGAUGUAGGUGGACAAUACCCAUGUGAGGGUUAUUAGCCUUUUCUGUUGUUUGUGAAGACUGUUGCUCUUAUGUAGUGGAUGUCUUCAGGGGGUGCCCAUGCAGCAGGCCAGGAGUAAUGAUAAACAAGGUGUGGUGAUAAAUGGCAAUGAGCUGCCUCCUCAGUGUCAGAGAGACCAUAGGGCAUGGUGGGGACUGUGCCAAACAAGUGCUUCCUGCAGGAGGCACCUCCCACCUGCAGGAAGGCAGCUCUUCCAGGCAGUUGUGGCCAUGUAGUGUUUACUGAUUUUUCCAUUUUUCAAGAGAGGCUGAGGAUAUGAAUUUUUUUUUUUUUUUAAAGUAGGUUCCUUGCCUAAUAUGGAGCCCAGCGAGGGGCUUGAACUCAUGAUCCUGAGAUCAAGACCUGAGCUGAUAUCAAGAGUCAGAUGCUCAACCCAACGGAGCCACCCAGCCACCCUGACAGUCUGGGUUUUAUAUGAAAAAUGAUUUUUUUAAUGGUAUUGGCAACUAAAUAAAUCUUUUUUUUUUUUUUUUUUUUAAAUUCAAGCUCAACAGAACACAUGAGUGGGCCUGAUUUGGCCUACUAACUGCCAGUUUGCCCCUUUGCCUCAUAAGAUUUGAAAUGAAAAGCAUUCAUGGUAAUUACAGAUGUCUGGUAUUACCAGAAAAUGCUCUUGCUAAAUGCAGCUGAUGGCUAGAUCAUUUUCCCCCAUCUUGCUCCCCCAAAGAAGUUUGAUAUGAUUGUGAAUGUAUUUGUGAUGUUUUGAUUAUUUCUUUAUGUUUUGUGGUGCCUUAAGAGAAAGGCAAACCAGUUACUAAUUUCAAAAUCAGAUUUAUAAAGGGGUGCCUGGCUGGCUCAGUUGGUACAGCGGACAACUCUUGAUCUCGGGUUGUAAGUUCAAGCCCCACAUUGGUGUAGAGGGUUACUUAAAAAAUAAAAUCUUAAUAAAACAAAACAAACAAAAAAUCAGAUUUAUGUUCUCCAAUUUAAAAAACCUAACACUUGGAGCAACUUUCAUUUGAAUUCCACAACCUAAAGGACAUAUUUAUAGUUUUAGUUCUUGGCUUAAUAAUUUUUUAAACAGUGUGCAAUUCUGAGCUUCGGCCAAGAGUUAAAGAGAAAAGCAGACAUUGUAUGGGGGGGGGCAAGGAAUCCCCAUGUGUCCACCAGAGUCAGGCCAUUUGCAUUGUCUUCUGUUUGAAACGAUCUGUGAAUCGACUCUGUUUUGGAGAUGUGAAACAGUACACGGAGAAAAGCUUUUCCUGAGACUGAGAGAUCAGUUAGGAGUCCUUAUGGGGUGUUGGGUCAUCCUUUCUAUGUCACCUCCUUUUCCAGGCUCAGAGUGGAAAUAAACAAAAGGAAGUCUGACUGUAAGCCAAUAGCUUGGCUUCCAAUUUCAGAGUUUUGGACCUGGGAGAAAGUUUGGAUUAUCUAGCAUGUCUUCCCCCUGCUGGUGUCAGCGGGGUCUGAGCCUGAAUUAUUUCAGACAUAUGGCUAUGGAUGGGAUGCUGGAUUUUCAGGGAGGGAAAUUCAGUAACCUACCCCACUGAUCAGAUAGUUCUUUGUACAUCUUACAGAAAUUCAAACCAGCCUUCUUUUGUUCCGCAUGUCGUGGAAGAAGAACAGCUGGUUACCUUCCAUGUAUUUGAAAACCCCAGUGAAGUCAUCCCCUUGGUGUUUUUAUUUCUGUGGUAAAUAAUCCCGCCUGCUUAAACCAUUCUUCAUAGCUCUUGUUUCGCAAGCGCUUGAUCAUUUUCACUGCUGUUCUGUGUCUCGGCUUCAUGCUCAGUUUCGUCGUGCACACAGAACAUGGUGCCUUACUCACAUUGGUGCCUUGAGAAGGCCAAGGGCAGGAUGGGGAUUACAGGGAAAUCCUCACGCACCCAGGUUCUCUUACUACUUAAAACUGUGAUGGCACAGUUUAAAAAGUGGUAUAUUGCCUGUACUCAUUUUGAUGAUUACUUGGUUGACACAUUCAUCCCUCCUGCCCAGCAAGAGCCUGUUACGUCCUCCCCACCCUUCUUGUGGUCAGACACUUGGUGCUUAUUCCUGAUGUGUUUAAUGCCAUUCCUGAGCUGCUUCAAGACCAGCUCUCACCUUCUGAGUGGCAGCUCCCCCUCCCUGCCAGUUUUAGAUUCUAUUUUCUCAUCUCUCUAGACAUCACCUCUAAUUGAUGACUCACAAUAUUAUUAGAUGGUUUGGACUUCACUUUAACCACUGGCGAGAUGGAGAGCAGUUGGCUAAGGGCUGAUUUGCAAAGAGAGUGAGGGAGGACCUCUUGGGAAUUUUGGCCGGUUGCCUCUCAUCCCAUUCUUUGGUUCCUCCCUGAAAUUCUGCUGGGACCGCAGACAACCUUAGGAGCUUUCCUGGCUUCUGAAGGGCUGGAGCCAUGACUCUGAAAUGACUCAGCACCGUGUUUUGCACAAUCAGAAGUCUGACAAAAGCAAUCUGAUUAUGAUCAUAUCUGAUGUUGAUGAUGCCAAAUAAAAGUUCAGUCGAGAAGAUUCAAAGAAGCAUUCUUCUGUUUGUACACGAUACGGACAAAGUUGCCUGCUCCAUCCGUUAGACAAAAAAAUUACUGUCAGGUCACACUAACGUGUAACUGUUAUUUAAAAGUUUUGGGUUUUUUUCCUCAAGGAAAAAGAAUGGUGAGUUUGGACAGAGCAAAAACUUUUGUAAAAACCACAUGUGUUCAUUUAGAAAGUAGGUAAUUUCUAUUUUCACUAAUUUUUUUUUUUUAAACUACAGAAGCUCCCUGUUACUACGUUCUAGGGGGGAAAGCCUGUGGAACAUGAACAUGGUGGUUGUUGUCCUUGUCUUGGUUUCAUCUUUAAGAUUGUCCUUGCUGGGGUUUAGAGGAAUAGUGAGCACUGACAGACUGUAACAGUGUGCUCUAUUUUUACAUUGAAAACAAUGUCUUAUUUGAUUUGUACAUAACUGUAAAUAGGUGACAGUAGGUCACAGCUGACAUUUGCAAAAUGUUGUUUUUGUACCUUAGCAUUUCUGCACCAAAUAAAAUGUUUUAAGAUUGCAA